CAUACCGGACAAGCUGGUGUGCUUGUCACUACAACUGGAAGGGAGCACGCGUUUUCGACAGCUCGCACGAGCAACCUGCAGCCGUGCGUUGGGGGUGCACCGUGCAGGCCCCUGUACAUCCCGCGCGUACUGGCCGGCCUGGCCCAGCAACUGAUGUCGGCAGUGACGGGCCUGGGCUCGCUCUUCGACGUCCAGAGCGGCGCCGUGCACGAUUGGUGGGGCUCCGAGACUCGCGACUCGUACACCAACUUCAGCCUCUGCUUGGCGCAGCAGUACAACGCCUCGCUCAGCGGACUCUUCGUCAGCUCCCAAUACAGCACGCUGACCGCGGAGUCCAACGUGCGCGACAACGCCGCCGUGGCCUUCCUGAGCAAUAUGUACACCAGGCACCUCAAGGAGCGCGGCAUCAAGGGGAACUUCGUGCUCGCCAACCUGCCCAACGUCACUGCGCAGCAGCUGUUCUACACUUCGUACGCCAUGGGCUUCUGCGAGAAUUCCAACGAAGGCUACGCGCAGCGCCAUGUGAAGACCUCAACCGUGGCACUCACAAAUCACCGAGUGAACAUCCCAUUGGCGAACAGCGAUGGCUUUGGCGACGCCUUCCGGUGCCUUCGGGGGACGCCGAUGAACCCGCACGUCAAGUGCAAGUUCUGGAGGUUCCAGUAAAAAAAAAAAAAUGCACGCAGUCGUGUUUCAAUGCCCAGUAGAACCAUAGUGAUAUGAAUCGUGUAAUUUGUAGUAAGCGUACGAAUGGCCUCGUCCGAGUUGAGCUGCUCUACGCAGGUUACUGGAAAAGAAGACAAUCGAUGGUAGACGCAGCAGGACACGACCUCGUGAAUUAUCGGUGCGAAGAAGUCACUGCAAACGCCGCCAACCUGCACAUCUCCCGAGUGGAUGGCACAGGGCGGUUCUUGUUCAAAGAUUUGGCGAUAUGUUGAAGACAGCCACGAAUACCAAUCGUUUAUAAAGUACGGACAAAAUAAAUCGCAGCACGAGCACCCUCCCAGACCGGUACUCGCAGAAAAAGUAAAGCUAUAACUUGUCCUCAUGGGUAGGUGCCAACCAUUUGUGAUGCCAGACGCAUUAGCGAAAGCGACUGGUCAAUAACAAAUGGCAUGAAAU